AUGUCAACGCCGUCAGUACAAAAUCCAAGUGCGGUUUGUCAAGCAAAUACGGAUUUCAACUCAACUCAAAACAAGCAACAAGCACAGCCACAGCCACAGCAACAACUAUCGUCCAUAUCAAUAAUGUGGGAUUAUGAUAUCGAUAAUACCCUAAAUACAAUCAAAGAGAAUGGUAGCACGAAUAUUUUUAAGGGCAGUGCAGCAACGCCUACGCCUUCACCCUCACCACCAUUAAAUUCCUCUAUAGAGCGACAGCAGCAGCAGGAAUCUAGUAAAAUGGGAGUUGCAAAGGCAACCCCCCAUGCCUCAGCCAUUAUGGAUACCAACUCUAGUCCUGAAAAAUUACAACCGCUUAGCGUUAAAUGUGAUGACAUCAAAGCCAUAUUACCUCUAACGCCACCAGCCACCCCUGUCACCCAGAACACUGCCCGCAAACGAUGGAAGAUAUUGGCCAAGGUAUUACGCAAAGACUCCGAGGAGACGGUCUCCUCCUCCGGGGAGGAAUGUACGCCUGAACAAAAUACCGCCUCAGUGAGGCGUUUCAAGUCAUUUGAUCUAUUGCGUCAGGAUAGCUUUGAGGAUCAUGGCACCCUGAAUUAUUUGGGCAAAGCCGAGAAUUGGUACAAAUACAAAGUGAUAUUGGAUGGCAGCACAAAUGGGCAGCAGGAGUAUACAGUGAAUAUCCAUCAUAUGGAGCGGCAUUUGACAGCCUCUGAUUUGAUGGGCUUCAAUAAUACCGGCAACAUAUGUGUUUGGCCUUCGGAAGAGGCCCUAACCGCUUUCGUUCUCUCCGAUUUGGCUUCAUACAAUGGCAAAUGGAUUUUGGAGUUGGGAGGUGGCUUCACCUGUUUAUCGGGCCUGAUGCUAUCGAAAUAUGCCAAACCCUAUGCGGUACACUUGACCGAUGGCAAUGAGGUGUCGGUGGAGAAUGUCAAGAAGACAGUGUGUCUCAAUGAGAUGGCCUGCUAUACCAAGUGUUCGGUGCUCAAGUGGCAGGACAAGGCGAGUCGUUCCCCUUCUGAGGCUGGAAAAUUCGAUGUUAUCCUGUCGGCCGACUGUCUUUUCUUUGAUGAGGCCCGCUCAUCUCUGGUCGAUACCAUAUGGUAUUACCUCUCUCCAAAAGGCGAAGCCCUGGUCAUGGCUCCCAGGCGUGGCAAGACCAUGUCGUUGUUCAUUGAUGAGGCUGUGAAACAAGGCUUUCAGGUAGCCUUGACUCAACGCUACAACGAGACCAUAUGGCGACGUCAUCUGGAGCUUAUGAAUUCCUCAUUAUAUGAUGCUGAUCUACACUAUCCGGUAUUGCUGCGUCUGCGUAAACCUUCGACCAUGGUGGUGCCCAUGGAUGUUUGCAAAGAAGAAGAAGAAUCCUUAGGAGACAUCUAGGUGCUUAAACAAAACACUCCUUCUCCCAGUCCCAUUUGUUUGUUGGUAAUCCCAAGGUUUAUUUGAUUGGUAGCAAAACAAAAAACGUAUUUUACUUCAACAAUUCCAUUUUUAUUAAUUCCACUCUUAUUACUUACGAUAGUGAAUGGGGUCACCACAUGAGAUGUGUGGUGAAAAGCCCAUUGACUUGUUGUUUACCUUAGACCAAAAUUAUUUGCAUAGGCAAUUUCAGGGGUUCAAUGGUGGAUAUGGUUGGCAAAAUGUUUAGGGAAUUGAAGAAGAACCUUUAAAAAUAUUGACUUGAAGUGAAAAAAUAAAUUUAAAAUAUUAAAUUAACUUCAAUUAAAAUGAAAUGAUAGAAAUAAAAUAAUAUACAAUAAAAUAAAAUAAAAUAAAAUAAAAUAAAAU